AUGCGCAGAAGCGCCGGCACCGGGGUCUUCAACGUGGCUGAACCGGCUGAACCCGCAAUGCGGCGCUUGCAUGGAAAAGCGCGAGCGGCUCCGUGGGGUUCACGGCUCGGCCGGAGCCGGAGGGCAGAGAAGACAAUUCAGAUGCGGCUCGCGGCGGAGUCGCAGCUUCCCGGGCACGGGGAGCCGAGCUCUGCGCCGAAGCCAGGUCUCGAUGAGACGGAAGCCCGGUGCGAGGGCAGCUUCCGGUGGCUGGACGAAGUGCUGGAGACCAACUUCGGCCGGGCCGUUGCCGGCAUGGUGGCGCUGUGGGUCCUAGGCUGGACCCUGAUGCAGAUGAACAUGUGGCGAGAGCUGACCCCCGUGUACCGGGAGACCUCUUGCGGCCGGCAAGAGUCCACGCUGAACGAGUUCAGGUUGGGCGUCGAUGAGAUCUACGUGGACCUGCAGAUCAGCGUGCACUGCCAGAACCCGAAUGCUUACAAGAUCGACAUCCUGGACUCCGAGCCGGGCAUCGUCCAGAUCGUCGCGGGAGGCCGGCCGCAGGACAGGAUUGACGUGGGCCGGCUCAAGGUAAAGCCCGGAUCCAGCUUGUCUCGCUACGGGAAGGGGAAGGUCUUGGUGGACAUGAACGCCACGAUCCAGAAAAACAUCAGUGAACGGCUUCUUCCGGUCUUCCUGAAUGCCCAGGAGAUUCCCAUCCUCAUGCAGUUGCGAUUUCAAGUGGGGAUACGGCUCUUCUUCGGCUUGGGCGGCAGCUGGCAAGCCAGGGCACCCUUCAACAAGGCCUGCGGCCUGCAAAUGAUGGGAGUUCUGGUGAACUCCUUCCAGCAGGACAAAGAUCGCAGCCGCUUGGGGCCGCUGGUUUGCAAAGACACCUGGGAUGAACUCCUCCGGCCCGGAACCAUCCCUGCGGCCACAGAGGCACGGGCCGUCGAUCGCAUGGACUUCGCAGCGGCACAGGUAGCCCCUUGGGAGGUGCAAACUGGCGAGUUGGCAAAAAACGUCAGCUUCAGCAUCCUGGUUGUGUGCUCGUGCCUGAUGGCCAGCAUCUUCAUGUGGAUUUCGAGAUACGGGAAGGUUCCGGAGGAGUUGAGGACGCUGCGAGUGAAAGCGAUGCACAUGGCGCUGUCCACGUUGGCGGGGAGCAGCAUGCAGCCCAGCGUACCAGGAACUGCGCCUUCCCUGGCCAAGUCCAAAUCCAGUCCACAGUACCCCUCCGAUGUGGGCAGCCUUUCCCAGUCUGUGGAUCCGGCUCCCCUUGUGCAGGUUCCCGAGGAGGACCCGGAGGAAAGAGACGACGCAGAGUCUUGGACCCGUCCCAGCCACCAAAGGGACCUGGGCCGCCAGAGGGCCAAGACGGAGAACAUCAUCGCCGAGAUGAAGGCUCUAGGCACCUCUGGCGCUGGCCCUUCUGGCGACUCCUCCAGCUCAAGAGGACUCGUCCUUGGAGAGGUGCGUGCGCGGAGGGCUCUUUUUGGUUCGGCGCUGUGGAUCGCCAAAACUCGCCAGGCUCCCAGUGAAAGGGCCAUCCUCCUUGGAUGGCCUCCUCGGAGGUUCCAAGGGGACGUCAGAGCAGCCAGUCUCCCGGUAAGCGCCGGAGUCGAAUUCGCGAGUGCAGAUGAGCGCAAGGGAAGCGACAUGGGCUCCCUGGACGGCCUUUCUCGUGCCACUUCGCGUCGUUCCGGGCAGAUGGGACGAAGCAGUUCGCCGCGACGACGGGGCGAAAGCGACUUGGGGAGCGACAAGAUGAAGUCUCGCUCGCCAUCAGCGUUGCGGAAGUCGUCGCCUGCUUACGAUACAGAAAUGGACCAGAUGGAGGAGGGCACGCGGACGCCGCCGGACCCCUGA